AUGAAGCUAUCCGGGGCCUUUGUCGCCUCAUCGCUGUACUGCACAGUCCUUGCAGCUCGACCAACCGUCAGUCCCGAGACAGCGCGUCUUAUCAUCGCCCAGCGACUGGGUCUAUCGCGAUUCCACUCUGUCGAGCACGCAGACGCCGAGACAAUCAGACACAUCAACACGUAUGGUGGACGGCAACAGAAGCUGUUCGGCGGAGACGAUGCAGAGCAGACCAAAGCGCAUCUGCUGAUCUGGGCAGAGGACUCUGAGCAAGACGAGGCAACAGUCAUCAUCAACGACGGAUCAGAUCGCACACACGACUUUGCGAUAUCAAGUGCGCCAUCUGCGUCUGACAAUGACCGCUUGAUUAUGGACUUUAUAGCACAAGCCGAGUCGCUGCCAGCCUACCCAGACCCUCAGCAGCGAACAUACACGUCCAACUUUGAGAUCGAGUCGGCGCUCCCGCCAAACAGCAAGUCGGAUGCUUACAAUGGCUACCUCAACAUGUGGCGCACCGACAAGAGCAACAAGAUGACGCCUGAGGAAAUCGCCCAAGUGCUCAGCAACGUCAACAAGAAAGCCGAGGAGACAGGUUUCUCCACGACUGUCGUUAUGAUGCCGCGUUCAGCCUCAAAGUCCAAGCGCGCUGCCCACGCAUGGGGCAUGUACGAUGUUCCCUCCAAGGAGGCUCGCCGCCAGAACCCCGAGGCAGUCCUCUCCUCCCAGCCCGUACCUGCUGUCUCCAAGGUGCCUGACCUUGAGGACUUCCCUGUCGUCAUCGCGGCCGAGAACAACAAGGGCCCUGUUCGUGGUAUUCUCCCUACGUGCUUCAAGUCCAUGUCGGCUUGCCAGACUCAGACCCACAAUUGCUCCAGCCAUGGCGAGUGCAAGCUUCUCCACAAGGGUCGGGGUUCCGGUUCCAACCAGGAGACCGUUGAUUGCUUUGGUUGCGCUUGCUCGGCUACUGUUGAGUACGAGGAUGGAAAGGGUAUGGAGGAAAAGAGGAAGGUCACUUACUGGGGUGGCCCCGCUUGCCAGAAGAAGGACAUAUCGGUUCAGUUCUGGCUCUUCGUCGGCAGUGGUGUCGUUCUGGCUUUCUUGGUAUCUGCUGGCAUUGGUAUGCUCUACACCAUGGGUGCUGAGGAGCUACCCAGUGUCAUCGGUGCUGGUGUUAGCGGUCCCACAAGGAAGUAG